GAAAAAGUAUAUGAUCGUUGAAACCGCAUAUCUAUCGGUGCGUAAAAUUGCUAGGUUAAUAUAAUGUAUUAAAUAUUAUCUUUAUCUUGUUUAACAUAUACUACCCAUCAAGGGAUUUCGCGGGUAUACGAGUUUAUGGGUAAUAUUUCCCAAGAUUCUUUGGUAUCAAAUUGCGAGGCUGCGCGAAACACCGAAAGUUGAAUUUGCUAUACGAGGAAGAAAGAUAAAGAAAAUAGGAGAGAGAAACAAAAGACGUUCGAAUUUUAUUCGAUGUUACUUUAUCAUACAUUAUCGUAAAUAAUUGAAAUUUUGUUUUAUAAUUUAUAUUUAUUUCGAUUAACAAAUGGCACAUUGCUCGUAUAUGCAUCUUAUAUACUUUUCAUUUCACCACGAUCAUGGUGAUCGCGAUUGUCAUCAUUGUAACCGUCUUUGUAAAUAUAAUAAUUAAUAUCAAUUUUAAAUAUCAUUGAUGACUACAUAUAAUUACCGAUACAGCAAAUAUUAAUAUAAUGCUUUGCGCGUUAUUUGUGUUAAAAUCAUUACGCGGAUAUUCAAUGUAAUCAAUUGGUGGAUGUUCCUGAUUGCACGUGAUAUCUCUUCUAAAUGUUUAUACUUCAAAAAAAUUCGUGCAAGUAUUCACUUUCGUCGGUAAAGAUAACUUGAUGCUUACCUGCGGACACGAAACUAAGACACAAAAUAAUGACGUGGAUCAUCGGCGAUCAUCGCGAAACGUUGUUUGUUCGCAGCUCUGGAUUUAUAGAGAAAUAUGUCGACACAAGGUGCAGAACUUUCAAAUCGUUUCGUGACUCGAGAUGUGGAAAUUAUGUCGGAUGAGACACAGAAUAAUCGUAUGGAUAUAUUGGAAUGUCUAUCCGUUUUAAUUAACGAGAAUAACUCUGCAAAUGAUCAAACAGAAGGAUUAACAUUGGAUGAACAUCUAUUAAGUGAUGGCACAACGUUGACAGCAGUAACAUUACCCGAUGGAACGCAAGCAUUCGUUGCCAAUAAUUUCAACGAUAAUGAUAUGGAUUUAAAAAGGCAAGCAACAUUAGAAUUGGAAAAUGGAGAUACUAUAUUGCUUCGCAAUGUAGCAGAACUUACUGAAGGUAAACCACUUCAAUUGGAAUUGGAACCAGCAACUUUGGUUCAAGCUCAUCAAACUACCAUAGAGAACGUUGAAAACUAUCCACGUGUGGAAUUUAUCGAUGGUAAUGCUUAUAUGGUAGCUGGUCACAUCGAUGUUAGUAAUGAUUUGUGGGAAAUCGAAGAUGGUAAAUUGAAGAAAAAGGAUUCGAAAAUUUUAUUAAAUAAAUUAUCCACAUCGAGGAUAAGACAUCCUUGUCCAAGAGAGGGUUGUUCAAAAGUUUACAGUACGCCCCAUCAUCUCAAGGUAAAAAUCGUUUCUGAUAUCGAUUACAAAUUGAAAAUCAAUUCAAGUCCGUUCACAAUUAGCAUUACCUGUUCAAUGUUAUUCACAUUGAUAAAUGUUCACGAACGAUCUCAUACUGGUCAACGACCAUACAGAUGUACGCAUCCAAAAUGUAAGAAGAGUUUCUCGACAGGAUAUAGUUUAAAAGCGCAUUUACGCACGCAUACAGGGGAAAAACCUUACAAAUGUCCAAAUGAAACAUGCGAUAAAAGUUUUAAAACAUCCGGAGAUUUAUUAAAACAUGUACGAACACAUACUGGAGAACGCCCUUUCUUAUGUCCAUUCAAUGGUUGCGGUCGUUCUUUUACUACGAGUAAUAUUCGGAAAGUUCACGUGAGAACGCACACCGGCGAACGUCCGUAUAAAUGUACACAACCCAAAUGUGGCAAAGCAUUCGCGAGCGCAACAAAUUAUAAAAAUCAUAUACGAAUUCAUUCAGGUGAAAAACCAUAUGUAUGCUCUAUUGAAAAUUGUGGAAGAAGAUUUACAGAAUAUUCUAGUCUUUAUAAACAUCACCUCGUUCAUACACAACAACGUCCGUUCGAAUGUAAAGUUUGUUUUAGGAGAUAUAGACAAAGUAGUACUCUUGUAAUGCACAAAAGAACUGCUCAUGCGUUAAUAGACAACGAUGAUAACGUUGAUGCUCUUUGUAAAAAUUCUAUUCAAGAAUCAUCUAGUCGAAGCAAAGAUAAACAAAAAAGAAACAUUAUACGAGAUAAUGGUAAUUCAUCGUUAAAGAUUACAGAAAAAGAUGGGCAAAUACAGAUUUCUAAAGCGAUCGACGAUUUAAACGAUAAUGAAACGCAGAUUUUAUUAGUCGGUGAUCCUUCGCAUAUCGCAGCGCUACAGAAGAUCGAACUAAAUGGUGAAUUCGACGAGCAUGGUAUUGAUACUUCUUUCGAAGAAUUAAAUAUAAAAAUUGAAGAUAUAGAACUUGGAUGGCAUUGAUUACUUCAAAAUGAAGUAUAUUCAAUGAAUAUUAAUUGAAAACAUAAAUCAUUUAUUAUAUUCUUUUGUCUAUUUUGACAAUUUUGUCCGUUGUUUUUUUUUUUUUUAUAUUAUAUACAUAUUGUAAUUCACUGUCCUAUCAAUUUUCAACAUCGAGAAGUAAAGAUAAUUUAGGCUUAUUAAAUUAUUGGGAAUGGUCAUUGAUGAAGCGUUUCGUUUUUUUCGCUGUAAAAAAAAAAAAAAAAGUUUUAUUCAUUCGUUAUUUAAUGAAAAAAAUGUAUCGUCGCGAAAAUACAACUGAUCAUUAUAUAUAUAUAUAUAUAUAUAUAAAUAAACAGGAUUUUUAAUCAUGAUCGUUGCGAUAGCAGAAAAGCUCUCUCAAAAAUUUCCCUUUUCAUAUUAUUUCUAUUUCUUUUAUUUCUAUCUGUGGAUUUUCUACUCACGUUUUUCAUUUUUCAACUCAUUGCAAGAUUAAUUAUUUAUAU